AUGGCGGAUGAAGAAGAUCUCUUGACCAAGGUCCACGGCCUGAGCGACCUUGAGCUCGCCGCCCUGCUGUGCCUGGUCAACCGAGAACACUGCAUCGUCAGCACCCCACCUGUUGCCCUCAACGAGCUCAUCGAGGAGCUUCAGCUCAUCGCAACCAAGACCUUUGGUCUGACGUGCGCCGUAGUGGACUGCACUCCGCAAACCACCCUAGAGGAUUUUGCAUCCUCGAUCCUCACCGCUCCGUCUCCCACAGCAACGAGAUCCGGCUCACCCCUCCGCACCCGCAAUGAGCCCUCCUACUUCUUCUCCCGCGCGGGCAUCUCGCCGCUGACCUCCGUCACCGCCUCGAGCCCGACCGGCCCCGGUGGCGCAGCGGGCUACUCCAUUGCCAACGUUGUCCUGGCCCGGAACCUCGAUCGCGCCCCCAAGGCCGUGCAGAUCCAGGUCCUCGAGUUGCUCCGCACGCGCCGCAUCUUCACUCGCACCUCCGUCCAGACCGCCCCUAAGCAGUUCCUCUUCGUGGCUGCUUUGGGUGCCGAGAGCGGCGGCAAGGCCCACGUCACAUUACAUCUGAACGACUACUUCUUCGUCGCCCACUGGCAUGACCCUGACGAUGGUUUUGCCAACUUGGACGAAGCGUAUGAUGCCACCGACGGCGCCGAGACGGCCAGCACCGAAAGCGUGGUCAAGAAAAGCAUCAAUGGAGACAUGCUGGCUGUCAGUGAUGAUCCUGUUUUGAGCGAAGGUGACAUCGCGGCUCUUGCAAAGCUCAGCCGGGAGGUGCACAUCGACGUGGACGUGCUGCGCUACCAGACGAACAUGGUCACGUCCUUGAGGAUGCACCGCGCAGUUGCCGGCGGAAUCGAGCCGGUCGCAACAAAACACCUAGACCAGAUGCUCAAGUGCCUCGCUCCGUUGCAUCGUCUAGACUAUGUCACGCCCGCUCUCGUUCACUUGGCCAUUAGGAAAGUCUACUUGCAUCGGAUCCGGAUCGUGCACCCUCGACAGGAGAGGAGCAUGCAGUGGGGCAGUCAGCUGGAGGCCAUCGAGGCCAUACUUGAGGGGAUUGGCCCAGAGGACGUUAUCGAGGAUGUCAUAGGCAUGGUGGCGGCACCGCUUUGA